ACUACAGAGACACAAAUAACCAAAACAAUAUACAAUACAAUCACAAAAAUAUACAAAACAGAGAUACAAAUGAUCACAAAGAGACACAAAACAUAUGCAAAACAGCUAUGAACAGACACAAAACAACCACAAACAUAUGAAAAACAACAACAAAGACACACAAAUGACCACAAAGAGACACAAAAGAACAACUGGGUGUCAUGAUCCAUGACGAGGAGCCUUUCACAUGUGUGUUUAGGGCUGUAUCUGUUCAUUGUAUAUGUGAACAGCAGCUAUUUAUUGGUAUUGGUUAUUUGACAUUUGUGUACUGCGCUGAAUAAAUGGUGUUUAUUGAUAUUUAGUUCAAUAUUGCCAUGAACCAGGGCUUUAAAUUUGAGUCUUAACAUGUUUGUUCUUAUUUCCUAACCGUGCCAAGUUUAUAUAUGUCCCGACAUCCCCUUCUCGACCAGUCAAAUGUAGCCUGUCCUACAGAAACACAGGAGGGCGCCAUCACUGCCCAGCAGGUCAGUGACAGUUUGAGGUCCGGCAAGGUCGGAGCCGUGUGCAGACAACACAAAAAAAACCACAACCACAUGACUGUGUGACUCCUGCACCCUAGGGCACUUGAAGGACCCACAAUACUGAAUCACAGUGGAUCGGAGGGUCCAGAGGACAAUCCAUCCCAGAGUUUGGCUCACAGACUGAUGGAGGCUGCACAUGCACGGGUGCCUGAGAUGGCUGCAGAGGAGGGGUAGUGGAGGGUGGGGUGGAGGAAUUUGUGAGCAACCCCCCCUGUUUUGAACAAUCAAGCUGCAAACUCACAGAAACUAGCUGUUUCAAUUUGCCAAAUGAGCCAUAUGUGUUCCUUUGCUCGAGGCCUUCCACAAAAGCAGAUUGAGACCAGACACGGGCCCUCACACAGCGAGCUGCUGUAACGGUAAAACACCUUGGAAUGAUUCUGAUCAUUUCCACUUCUGACUGUAUGGAAUCACAGACACCAUCCGACGAACGAUCCUCCGCUCUUCGGUCAUUUCCUCGGAAUAUGGUUUGCGGCCUGGUGGUGAAAUCUGUCAUUUAUUGUCACGGGUCACCACGUUGUGUCAUUUCAGUUUCUGUCCAACAGGUGAAAGUCAUCAAAUCUGCACUUUAGUCAAACUUUGGUGACUCCACAAGAACAACUGAAAGACCUGAUGGUGCAUCUUCAGGGGCCACCACAAACCAGACCAGACCAGAUCCUGCUCAGAGAGGAGACCGCUCUUUUCCAUUUAAUUUCUCUGUCCUGCAUAAAGCACUUGAAAGUUCUUCUGUGUUCAAGAGCUGCUACAGAAAUAAAAUGGCUUUGCUUUGCCUGAACUUGCUAAUUAUGAAAAAGCCUCUUGACUGUUUUUCUGAACCAAACAUUCAAAUAUUAUGGUUUUAAUAUUAAAAUAUGAACCAGCUCAACAUUUUUAAUUGUGGGGUAAAACACAUGAUGCUGUUAAUUCACCACAAAAAUAUAUUUAAGUAAUUAUAUACACAUCUAUAAAUUAUAUGACCAUGAUAUUACAAUGACACCUAAUCAGUUAAUAAACUAUUAAUUAUGAUUAUGUCAUUAUAUAAACUAACACCAACAGGCUUCGUGGGAACUACACUCACGGAAUAAUAGUAUUUUCUGAAAGUGGAGCCUUUUAGAAAAAUUAGCUUAAUUGCCCUUUUAGGCAGAUGUUUACGGAUCCGAGAUGUGUGACCUGUCGGGUGCGCGCACUGUCAAAGACGCGUACGCGCAACAUCCUGCUUUACUGCUCCCCCUGCAAAGACGGGUCGCCAAGCUCUCAGUCAGGAAUUCCAGCUGUCACUCAGCGAGACCCCCGUUCAGCCGGUGUCAGACUGCGUGAGGCACACCGCGGAAACACCCCCCGGUCCCGAUAAAUACGAGACGAAGACACCGCUGGAUGUAGGUGGACCUCCGGUGAUCAACAGAUCGGCAACUCCGCUGUCCACUCCUCCUGCGAAGAAGAGCAAGAUGAGACAAUACCGGAGCCAACUGGCACAUGUGAGCGACUGACAUAUUUAUUACCAAAAUUCUCGGGCCCGCCACAGAGAUAUGAACAAAUUAGCUCUCAAGAUCUGGUUUUAAUCAGCAGAUGCAACUGUUCCUGGCAGCGGAGCGGGAUCAGUCCGUGCCAAAAUGACCAGACUAUUGUCUAGCAUCGUUGUAACGGAAUGGGCCCGCAAGAAUUUUGGCACCGGUUUUACGCAGCAGACCACAUAGUUUAAUCGACGUUCCUCGACCGAAGACUGAACAGCGUGGCUGACUUGGACAAAGAUAUGCUCACAUGUCUCGUAGUGAUGCUAUGAGGUAGAAUAAAACCACAUCAGUGAAACACCCUGCUGGUUCCUCCCGAGAAGUGGAGCAGAUAAUCAACGGCGCGGAUUCAAGUUUGGACCUCACCAAGUCCAAAAGGACCUUCCCCUCCCACAAGAAAAGGAUCAUCUUAUAUCUUAAAGCAUCUUCACAGACUCGCAUAGCGAGUCUGUGAACAGGUGAGAGAGGGACACUGUCUGCCCCACUGUCCAGCGACACCAUGAGCUGGAGCUUCCUCACGCGGCUGCUGGAGGAGAUCCACAACCACUCCACCUUCGUGGGGAAGCUGUGGCUCACCGUGCUCAUCGUCUUCCGCAUUGUCCUCACUGCAGUUGGGGGAGAAUCCAUCUACUACGAUGAACAGAGCAAGUUUGUCUGCAACUCGGGCCAGCCAGGCUGCGAGAAUGUCUGCUACGAUGCCUUUGCCCCUCUAUCUCACGUACGCUUCUGGGUCUUCCAGAUCAUCUUGGUGGCAAUGCCUUCUCUCAUGUACAUGGGCUAUGCUGUCAACAAGAUUGCCCGAUUUGAUGAAGCUAAAGGAGGAGGUGGGUCUGCUGCAGUCAGAACAGGAGGAGGGGGUUACACGCACAGGAAGCCCAGGAAAAUCUGCUUUGGAGCACGCCAGCACCGGGGCAUUGAGGAGACCGAGGAGGACCAGGAGGAUGAUCCCAUGAUCUACGAGGUGCCAGAGAUUGAGCCUCCUAAGAGGCCACGGGAUCCACUGCAACCCACACCCAGACCCAAGGUCCGGCAUGAUGGGCGCAAGCGCAUUCGAGAUGAAGGGUUGAUGCGGGUCUAUGUUUUGCAGCUGGUGACGCGUACAGUGCUAGAGGCGGGAUUCCUUGCCGGCCAGUACUUGCUGUAUGGGUUCCGUGUGACACCGGUGUUUGUGUGCUCGGGAAAGCCUUGUCCUCACAGUGUUGAUUGCUUUGUGUCACGGCCUACAGAGAAGACCAUCUUCCUGCGCAUCAUGUAUGGUGUCACUGUCCUCUGUCUCACACUCAAUGUUUGGGAGAUGCUCCAUUUGGGGAUUGGUUCCAUCUGUGACAUUCUUCGCCGUCGGCGCUGCCCACCACAGGAGGACGAGUACCAGUUGGGUUUGCUCGGCACCAACGGAGGCGUGGAGGGCUCAGUAGGGGGAGCAGGGCCUGAGGCAGGUUCUGAGGGAGGGGUGGGUGGAGAUGGGGCUGCUGAUUACGUGGGUUACCCUUUCUCGUGGAACACUCCGUCAGCUCCACCUGGCUACAACAUUGUGGUCAAACCUGAGCAGAUGCCCUACACGGACCUUAGCAACGCUAAAAUGGCAUGCAAGCAGAACCGGGCAAACAUUGCCCAAGAGGAGCAGCAGCAAUUUGGUAGCAAUGAGGAUAACUUUCCCACUGGAGGGGAGGCCCGCGUGGCCCUGAACAAAGACAUGAUCCAGCAAGCUCAUGAGCAACUGGAGGCGGCCAUCCAGGCCUAUAGUCAGCAGCACCGGGCAGAGGAGCAGCUGGGGGACAACCAGGAUGACAAACCCCAAAGUAACAUCAUCCAGGCUCAACCUCAGCCACAGUCACAGCCUCAGAAAGAGCGCAAGCAUAGAUUCAAGCACGGGAAAGGAGGCAGCAGUGGAGGAGGCAGCAGCAGCAACAGCAGCAGCAGCAAAUCAGGGGAGGGCAAGCCCUCUGUAUGGAUUUAACCCCAGAAACAGUGGCAUGUAUUGAAACCGUGUAUAUAUAUACAUAUAUAUUAGAGAUUGGAUGAUGAGCUGUUGCAAUCUUUCUUGGAUAUUUAAACACCACUGUGCCUUAAAGAAUCCUGCAAGCUGGAGAAGAUGUGUGUUUGUGUACUAAGGUGUGUAAAAAAGACGUGAUGUUGCAGCUGACAGUUUGUCUUGUCUGGGCUGUCACUGUCUAACUUGAAACAUCACACCAACACAAACUGUAUUAGGCUUCAGUCUGUCGUUUACAUGUCUCAUUCUCUUCAAGUCCUAAAGCAGAUUAUUGACCUCUGUUGUCUUCCCGUUCAUCCUUUCUUAGGGAUUUGAGCUUUGCAAAAUUACUGAAUGAUACCGAGUUCUCUUUCAACUCCGAUUGAUCCCUGAUUUGGCUUAGCUCAUUUUCAGGCUGCUCCUCUGCAAAGACACUGACUCCAUUAAUCCAUUGGCAUCUUAAUUCUUGGGACAUCAAAAUGCAAUGAUAUCAAAAUGAAGUAUCAUCACGUUACAAAGGCAAAGGGAUGCCAUGACAUCACUAUGCCCUGGCAACUUAAAGAAAUGACUUUAGAUGACGUUGUAAAAGAAUGUUAUCACAACGUAAAUGCAAUAAAAUGAAGCAUAAUUCAGUGUCAGCGCCUAAAGCAGUGACUCUAUAAUGCAGAGAGAACAUCACCUUCCUGAAGGCUGUGUCCUGUCAGUCAUGUUCUGUGUCUGCUUUCUCUCCAGCGUCGAUCGCAGUGUUACGUUGCUGUGACUUUGCAUUCGACAGUGUGUUUCUAUAUGUUUCCUAUGUGUGUUUUUUGAUAACAGUGCAACACCAGCUGCUACUCAGGAACCACUGAGUACAGCAGGUGGAUUUUUAAGCAGUCUACAUUUGAAAUUUCCUGAAAGAAGAUGUUCUUUUAAACAAGGUGCAUAAGCAAUCCAGAUUUUAUAUAUUACUCUUCAACUUCUCAGUUUCUCUCUCUCUGGCUUUUCAUGGCUAUUAAACAAGGCUGCUCAGUACUUCACUGUUGCUCCACAUGCCUUGUAGUUGACUGCCCCCUGGUGGCUUCUUCUGUAGGGCUUCCUUUAUUGGGGAGUAGGUACCAGUUGCCAAUGCUACCCAUCCAGCAACACUCUAACCAGCUGUAGUGUUCCUUUUCUAUUGACAAGCCUUGUGUUAGUUAAGUCUUCCCAACGCUACAAGUUCGGUCUUAGAUGCACAAGGCUGCAAUAUCACCACCUUGUAAUGGAAAAGGUAUAAAGCCAUUACUAUAGUAUAGUGAGACCAAACACUGUUUGUGUAAUGCAAGUGUCAGUGCCAAGAUUUUAAUGCUAGGCUGCUACAACGCCUGGUUGUUUGUAGCUUUGGAAUACUGUGGCCAUGCUACUCCAAUUGUGGAAAUAUAUGCCUACGUGAGAUCGACCCUUUUGUAAAAGCCACUUGUUUUUUGUAUAACUGUAUGUGUUUUGCUUUUUGGAACAGGAUUUAAAAUAGUAAACUCCAAAAUGGAGUCAAUUUUUAUGUUUGAGACUGUGUUUUAUAUGAAAACACUCUUCUUUUUUUUGAGGAAAUCUUUUGUAAGAUAAAGAAAAAGACAAGAGGUUCUUUAAAAAAAAUUAAUUGUAUGAAUAUUUAUGGUUAUUGUGUUUUAAAUUGCCUUCCAAUUGUAAAAAAAAUGUGAAAUAUGACAUAGUAUAUUUUUAUAAUAUGUCGGCUACAGUGACUUAAUGACGUGAAGAAAAAAAGCCAGACUUUUCCUCGUAUGUUACGUAUCAGUAUUUAAUGUAUGUAGCAACCCUCCGGGCUGUAUUUUAAUAAACAGUGUUAGUCCUUUUCCAACUUUGUUCCGAGAGCUGCUGAACAGCUGUGUGUAGAGACAAAGUGGCUGAUGAAAUCAAUUGGGAAAGGGGACAUGAAGGGCCAAAUUAUUCAAACCAUUCCCAGCUUUGUCACACAGUAGCUUUCCAAACAAGCUGAGAUUGCUUACUCAUUUCAUGACAGUAAACUGGGAGGGAGAGCAAAUCUGAAAAGCUGCCACAUUCUGUCCUUGAUUUAAUAAAUCUUAUCUGAAAGAUCAUCUUUUCCCUGAAUAGUGGAUGAGCUGAAAACCACCACCCAUGUGAUGUUGUGAGGCUGUACAUUGUGACAUGGGUGUCUUUGCUUAAACAUGGUGUACAAUACAACAGUGUGCUCGAUUAGAAAGACUCUCUGAGUGGUGUGUUCACCAGCAGGCACCACAUGUCUGUUCAACAGCAGACAGACAUAAAUCACCAGAAGUACUUCAGUCAGUCAGUCCCUAGAGCAGUGAUUGACACAGGCUCUUCUGACGCCGCUCGGAUCCCAAUAAGCCACUGGUGAUUUACUAAUAGAUUCCCAGUCAGAGUCAGUCUCAUCCCCUGGAGGCCAGUCAGACCUCAUUAAAUUCUUUCCCAGUAAGUAAAGUUUUGCAACUAAAGUAUUUACAACUAUUUGGAGAGAAUUGCAGAAUACAUGGAUAAUAAGCAGCUGGUGAUGUUUUGCAGCUGGAGCCAGCUGGAGCCACUAGAGGGCGACUUCCUGUCAAAGGAGGAAGCACUUCAGAGAGUGAGGAAAGGGUGUUUUUCAGGAGGUGCCAUGGGGGUACUCAAAGACCCCAUCUGUUUAAAGUCUGCAUGACUGGCAGCUUGGCCUUACAUCUCCACAACUAUUCUAGGUUAUGUGGCUCAGACAUUUUCAGAGGAAAGUAAGGAAUUCUGGCAGCUAUCCAGGUUAAAAGAAUUACCCUGUGGCAGAAUUAUGUGUUUGUCUCACCCUGUUCUAGUUCUUCUAUUGAGUGACUGAAAGGGACAGAGAAUAAGUUAGAAAGAAAGUGUGCCCACUGGACAGGGAUGGCUUUUAUUAGGGUUUAUUCUCCUCUGCAUAUUGUCACUGUCCUGUGAUAACCAUUUCACCAAAAUGUCCCUAGGGCUUUUAAAAGAUACAGGACAAACAAAAGGGCCUUGUCUGAUUUGAUUCCGGUAGUCUGAUGGUCUUAUAAUAAGUUUUGAUCUUUGUGACAAUGCUGUGAGCAUACUUAAAGAAGCUAUUUGUAAGUUUUGCUACUUGCUACAUAGCCAAUGUUAGCAUUAACAGCUGUUUACUUUGUAGUCUAAAAGAAACAGCGCAAGUUCAGGAUCAAACUUCAUUUCUUUACUCGCCAAGAGCUGUCUCCAGCAGUGGAAAGCAACAGCCUCUAGUUCUAUCACUUAUUUUCUUCUACUGAGGUUAGCAUGCCUAACCAGCUAGCUCCGGCACAGCCAGCCUGUCUCAUCACUUUCCAAUAGCAACUCACUGUAGCUUCAAGUCUGCCAUGAAGAAGUAGCGCUGCCCAGAGGGCAGAUUCUAAUCUCUUAUACUGUAAAUGCAAUGAUGGCUGAGACUCUUGGGGAGCAACUAUCAUCACCACCCACCCUCAGGAAGAAACCAUGUUCAGCGGGAGAGAAAACUUAGAAAUAGCCCCUUUAACCGAUAAUGAAUAAUAAUAAAUGGGAUGAAUAAUCCUUAAUAAACCCAGAGCUGACAGUUGCAGGAAUUUAACUUCUUUUGCAAGGUAGCAAAAAAAAUAUAAAAAUAUAAAUGGGUAAUAUAUAGAUAGAUAAUACAUGACAUUAAAUCACCUAACCGCCUUUGAGAUAUGAUUCACUCAACAGAGGUGAUAGGAUGAUUUGAGCACUGACACACCUUUUGGAGGGGAAUUCUUCAGAGGUUGUCAUGUGGUGCCACAGUUCACAGGUGCAGCCAGCACCUGUGUAAUCAGCAUGUAACAGUGUUGGAAUAAUACUGGCAUGGACGAUUAUUCCCUUGUGAUUCAUUUCUGGACAAGUCAGACAAUUAAAACCGUUUGUUUCAGAUCAAAAUUUUUGUGGGUCUAUUUAUCAGGGAUACCACAAUGUCCACCCUCAGCAUCUGUCUGUCUACAUAAAACAAUGCCUGUGCUCAGAAGAAAGACAGUACUGAGUCUGUGUUAUUUCCCUACAUGUUUCUUAUAUAGUCACCCAUGUGGGAUGUGACAUUAAAAACCAGUGGUAUUACCAGUACAAACUCUGAUUCAUACAUGCAUUUGUGUAUUUGUGUGUUUUUCUAUGCCUUUUGUAAAAUGUAAAUUUCUUUGAGUGCCAUUCUGGUAUCCCCCUGGCAAAGAUUUUUUUCAUAUUCUUUGAAGAAUACAUUUGAUUUGCAUGUGAAAAGACCUAUUUUCCUAUAAAAAAUAAAUAAAUCAUAAAUACA